CUGGAGAUUACGUGGAAAAAUUUGACAAUUUUACGGUACUAUCGCAAUAAUCGUUGUGCAGGGGUCGGGCCCACGGGUCAUAGCGCAAUUAUGAUAACUAUUGAUAAGGUCCCGAUAAGGGGUCAUCUCGUAUAUAAGACCGUGCUCCACGAACUCUAAGGGACACUCUGGCGAACUCUUUAAUCGUUAAGUCAAGAAGUUCCGAGUGGAGCAAAGUUCUCUUAGCGCGUCAAAUUAGACUUGCCCAUCCAUCUCUAUCCAUUAGAGUUUCUACUAUUAAAGUUUAUUUAGGAAUACACGUGUCCGUGCAGAUCGCACCGUUUGAAAUGUCUUUGCCGAUUUUCAAGGAAAAUGAGAGGUUCAACCAGCAGGGUCGAGUAGUUCCGCAAUAUCUUGCGGUAGUACUAGCCACUAUGUCGGCCUUGUCGGGUGGAACGUAUUUGGGAUGGACGUCGCCAGCUUUACCGCUACUGAGAGAGGAUGAUCAUUUGGAUAUAAAUGAUGGAGUUGGUUCGUGGAUUGGUUCUUUGACACCUUUGGGUGCUCUGAUCGGUGCACUUCCGGCAGGAUACUUGGCCGAUAAAGUAGGACGCAAAAGAGCCAUUUUGAUUAUCACACUGCCUCUUCUAUUCUGUUGGUACCUCGUUGGCUUUACCCACAAUCUCGUAUGGAUUCUUUUAGGACGAGCCUUGGCUGGCACAUCAAUCGGUGCGUCCUCCGUCACUGUUCCUAUGUACGUUUAUGAGAUUUCUGAAGCCAACAUCAGAGGAAAACUUGGUACAUUUUUCCAAUUACAAUUGACAAUUGGUAUUCUAUUCGUCUACUUAACUGGUUUUACUCAAAAUUAUGCAUACAUUGCAUUAAUAUGUGCAUUGAUUCCUGCACUGGUCCUAAUCACAUUACCGUUCAUGCCUGAAUCACCGGUAUGGCUGAUGAAUCAAAAUCGUAGAGAGGAUGCAAAAGCAGCGUUGCAAUAUUUUCGAGGAAAACGAUAUUCAGUGGAGAAAGAGUUGUCUGAGCUGCAACUGAUUAAAGAUAGCCAGGAAGAUGCUGCGAGUAUUAUGGAUUUGAAGAAUCAUGUAAAGGCGAUGAUAAUAGCCCUAGGACUUUCGAUUUUUCAACAAUUAUCCGGCAUCAACGCAGUGAUCUUUUAUAGCCAAACCAUCUUCGCGGCUGCUGAAACGAAUAUCAGCUCAAUUCUGUGUUCAGUUAUCAUAGGAAUUGUGCAGGUCGUAGCUACGUGUGGAUCAUCAUUCUUUAUUGAUCAUGCUGGAAGAAAAGUCCUUCUUCUGCUGAGCUCGACCGUAAUGGCCGCAUGUUUGUUCGUCUUGAGCGCAUAUUUCCAUUUCCAGACCGUUCUGUCCAGUUUAUUCUGGGUGCCACUGGUAUCACUGACUGUCUUAGUCAUAGUCUUCAGUCUUGGGUUUGGACCGAUACCUUGGUUGAUUGUCGGUGAAUUAUUUCCCAGCAACGUAAAGGGAACUGCCGGUUCCGUAGCAGCAGCAACAAAUUGGUCCUUAGCAUUUAUGGUGACAAAAUUCUUCCCAACUAUGAUGAACAACGUGGGAAUCGCUGGUUCCUUUGUUAUCUUCGCUUUCGUAUGCGUUGCUGGCACAAUCUUCAUCAGCACAGUCGUUCCCGAAACCAAAGGGAAAUCCUUAGAAGAGGUUCAGAAUGAAUUAUAUGGAAUAAGGGAGGAGCCUAUAACGCAAGUAAAGAUUCAGUCAUAAAAAUAUAGAACGAGAACUGUGAAAAUAUCAUAUAACAUUGACUCGUUCGAUCGAGUGUCUCGUAACCAUAAGACUGUUCCAAGAACUUGAGGAAGAAUCGAUUUAACUGCAUUCGUAUAUUGCGUUCGAAAAUCGAAUAUAAUGAUAUUAUGCGUUAAAAAGGUCUAUACUUACCUGUAAUCAAGUAUUUCGUUUAUACUGCGAAUUCAUUUUGUCUAGAUACAUUCUACAGGUUGUUAGUAUAAGGAUAAUUUAUUUAUAUAUACUUAACCGCAUUUUUUUAAGGACACGCAGUUUUUACAGGCAGGUCGAAAGGGGUUAUCUCUUAUUAGGGUGGUUAAUUCAUGAAGAAUUUCAACAAGUAUCUACGUUAGGUGCCUCUUUUGGGUUUGACUUUUGUAUUUUUUUUUGUUCUAUUAGUUCUAUAAGAUUAAUUUAUUCAUGAGAAAAUUUCGUUAUAGUUAUAUUAUAAUGUGUGGAUGUAACCGAGGGCGAUAUUGCGAAUUAAUAUUUUUAAAUAAUAAACUGGAAUUGUGAAAAUUAA